UGGUCGGGGCGGCAGCGACCCGGUCGCCGGCGGGGGAGGCGGCGGCGGCUCGCUCAGCGGCAGUUCCCCGCCGCGCUCCGCUGCUGGACGUGUUCUCAUCGCGGCUGCCCUCUGCAGUGACUGGGGCAAGGCCGUCCCUGCUGCCCCCGGCCCCGGCUCCUGCGCGGGCCUGGCGAGGAGGUGGUCGGCGGAAAGAAGCUGGCUGCAGAGGCAGGAGGCAGCCGCCACCGGAAGGCCAACAGACCUGGAAAAAAGACUUUAUCUUGGAGCUAACUCCUGAGCAUUUUGAGAUCAUUCAUCAUGAAGUAUGUAGUACAGGAAUGGCUCAGAAUAACAACCUUGCUAUUCAUAGCUCAAGAACUUUCUGCAAUGGUUCUUCCCAAUGGCACGCUCUUAGAGGAACUUUUGGAAAAGUACAUGGAUGAAGAUGGUGAGUGGUGGAUCGCCAAGCAGAGAGGGAAAAGGGCUAUCACAGACAGUGAUAUGCAAAGUAUCUUGGAUCUUCAUAAUAAAUUACGGGGUCAGGUGUAUCCACCAGCUUCCAAUAUGGAAUAUAUGACAUGGGACACAGAACUGGAGAGAUCUGCAGAAUCAUGGGCUGAAACCUGUCUAUGGGAGCAUGGGCCUGCAAGCCUUCUUCCAUCAAUUGGACAGAAUUUAGGUGCACACUGGGGAAGGUACAGACCUCCAACGUUUCAUGUCCAAGCAUGGUAUGAUGAAGUGAGAGAUUUCACAUAUCCUCAUCCUCAUGAAUGCAACCCGUAUUGUCCUUACAAAUGCUCUGGUCCUGUUUGUACACAUUACACACAGGUUGUUUGGGCUACAAGUAGCAGAAUUGGUUGUGCAAUUAAUUUGUGUCACAACAUGAACAUCUGGGGGCAGAUUUGGCCAAAAGCAGUCUAUCUUGUCUGCAAUUACUCUCCUAAGGGUAACUGGUGGGGUCAUGCUCCUUAUAAACCUGGCCGCCCUUGUUCUGCUUGUCCCCCUAGUUUUGGAGGAGGUUGCAGAGAAAAUCUUUGUUACAAAGAUGAUUCAGAAAGGUCUUAUUCUCCCCAUGAACCAGAAGAGGAAACCAAUGAGAUUGAACGGCAGCGAUCCAAAGCCCAGGAUGCAACAACACAAAGCCGGCCAAGAGCUCAUUCACCUUCAGGCUCCACAGGCACUGAGGACAGUGAGAAAAAUGAAGUAAUAAGCACACAGCAGAUGUCUCAGAUUGUUUCAUGUGAAGUAAGGCUAAGAGAUCAGUGCAAAGGAACAACUUGCAAUAGGUAUGAAUGUCCUGCUGGCUGUUUGGAUAGCAAAGCCAAAGUUAUUGGAAGUGUACAUUAUGAAAUGCAAUCCAGUAUUUGCAAAGCUGCCAUACAUUAUGGCAUCCUAGAUAAUGAAGGUGGUUGGGUUGAUGUCACUAGGCAAGGAAGGAAAAAUUACUUUAUCAAGUCUUACAGAAAUGGCAUUCAGUCAAUUGGAAAAUACCAGUCUGCUAACUCCUUCACUGUCUCUAAAGUAACAGUUCAAGCUAUCACCUGUGAAACAACAGUGGAACAACUAUGCCCAUUUCAAAAACCAGCCUCACACUGUCCAAGGGUGUAUUGUCCUCGAAACUGUAUGCAGGCAAAUCCACACUAUGCUCGUGUAAUUGGAACACGAAUUUAUUCUGAUAUAUCCAGUAUCUGCCGGGCAGCAGUACAUGCUGGUGUAGUCCGCAACCAGGGUGGUUAUGUUGAUGUUAUGCCAGUCGACAAAAGAAAAGUGUACAUCGCUUCCUUUCAGAAUGGGAUAUAUUCAGAAAGUUUACAGAAUCCUCCAGGAAGCAAGGCAUUCAGAGUAUUUGCUGUUGUUUGAGUCUGGCAAGUAAAAUGUAAAACAGGCAAGUGAAAACAGAGCACUUAGAAGAGAACAAUGAAGGCCAUUUCUUAUCAUUCCUAAAAUUUGUAUAAAGCUGUAACAUUAUUGUACAGAAGAUGUAUACUGCUUUCCACCAAAAAGUUUAAAUUACAUAUAUAUAUCUUUAUGAAAAAAAUCUGUAAAAGUAAACAUGGGAGAAAAAUUCAUUUGAAAAUCUAUAAUGAUAUAUAACAAUAUUUUGAAUCCUGUGUUAAAAAUUGCUAUAUUUUCUUAGCAGUUACUCCUAUACAGUUAAUUUGUAAUUCAUAAAUGUCCUUUGUUUUCUUCAUCUGAAUAUAUUAUUCUAUGGUGCUUUAUAUAUGCCACUAACAAUAACCUUCAAGCUAUAUCAUAGGGAGGUCUGAGUUUUUAUUUCCAAUGUACAUAAAUGAAGCCAUCAAAUAAUUCAAUAAAAUAAAUCAUGCCUCAAAGUAAAAUAAAUAUAUAUAUAACUUUUUGAUGAUUUACAGUAGCAUUAGCCAUGCAAGCACAAAUGAGGAGAUAGACUGUUUUCAAUUUCGCACUAAUCAUAACAAGUUCAAACACCUAUUUUGAAAUAAAAUGGAAAAUAUAAAAUAUAGGGAAGUCCUGGGUCAUAUUAGCAUGUUUCACACAAAAAUAUUUUUAUUAAACUGGGUCAUUCAUGCUUAUUAUUUCUUAAAUAUGUUAGUAAAUGUCUAUUUGAUGCUGCUAAGCUCUUUAGUUUGAAUAACCGAUUCAUUAUAGCCCAAUCCUUCACAGAUCUGUCUUGGAAUAGGAAAGUGAAAGAUAGAUAUACAUAACCUUGAAAGAUCUGAGAAAAUUUUCAUCCUGAGUAACCUGAAAUUAAGGAAUAAGCCAUCUGUUCUGCAGUACAGUUCUGCACAUAUACAUGCUUUAUUUUUGCCGUGUAAUUCCUUCAAUUCACCUAAAUUGGUUUUAAGCAAAAAUGUACAAUUGUACACAUAAAAAUUGCACACUUGAAGCCUUAAGCUGUCCACGGUAUCCAUAUACUGUCCCUUAAUAUGAGGGUAAAUCUUCAGAAAAAACAAAGGCUAGUCUUGCUCCUUAUGACCUGGCAAAUACUCCUGCAGGCCAGGAAGUAUAGUGGUACGGAGCCCAGUGACUAUUAUGUCAUUUGUUGCUUCAUCAUUUAAAAAAAUUCAUUCCUGGUGAACAGCCCUGUGCAUUAAUUUUACCAUAUUAUGGUAUAUGAAGAACAUGUAGUGAUGAUACUAUGUUUCUUUCUAUGAAAAGUGUAUUGGUGCUUUGAAACUGAAAAGCUGUUAAACUUUAUUUUUGGUAUAUUUUGUUUCUGUUGUUGAAUUAAUUUCCUUCAAACUUGCAAGCUUACUCGUAUUCUUCAUAUUUCAGAAUACUAUAUUCUGUCUUCUGUUUUGCUACAUGUACUACCUCAUGUAGUUAGGCAAACUUUGUUAGGUUUUUGACUCUCUUUUGAAUAAAAUUAAUUUACAUAGUAAGAGUA